UCGUGCCGUCGCGCGACGUGACGAUUCUCAUUGCCUAGCCUACCGUUCGCAAGCACGGACACGACCAACCGCUAGCGAACAUCUCAGUGAAACAUUCGUAAAGCAACAGCAGCGUACGACUGCAGACAUUUUUAUGAAAAGUAUCGGAGAUUUAAAUGGAGCUCUCGGCAUUAUAAUAUUUUGUAUAUUGAUAAUUUUAAUGAUAAAUUAUAACAUGAAGAUGGAAGAAACAGUGGCACUGAUUAAAUCAUGCAUCAUUUCGAAGAAAGGAGGCGUCCCGGUCGAGGACUUAAAUGAUGAAUUUCAAAAUCUCGUCGGAGAGUCAAUUCCGUAUCGUAGACUGGGAUUUUCAAAUCUCCGCGCACUUUUACGUACCAUAGACGGUUUGGAAACUACCUGGAACCAGUUUGGCGAGCAAACACUGCGGAUAAACGAUUCGAAGAUUUCGCAUAUCGACAGGCUCAUAUGCAAGCAAAGAAAAGAUUAUUCCAAGACAAAGAAUAAAUACUACAAGCAAUUCUCAAGGCAGAAAACCAGCUUAGAGUAUAUCGAUGAGCGCAAAGAUAAAAUUAGGAAGGUGUGCAAUAGCAACCGCGUGAAUAAGAGAAUGCAGAAUCUCACUUAUCAUCGUGAUAUGAACUUUUUCGGCAGUGGCAGAGAUUUGUCGUUUGAAGAAAAUGAAGAGAAUCAUCAUCCUGUAGUAAUAGAAACAAAUGAGCUUAAGAACGUUGCUAAUAUAUACGAGCCGGUCGCAAAUGGCCAGCAAUUAAUUGGCGACGACUUUUUUUUGCAACUCGCGAUUCGAAAUCUUCAUCUUCCAAUUUGGCGAUACAAAGAUAGUUUAUCGCUGCAUUGUGGUUUAUGUGUCUCCGGACAAACCAUAAGUGACUGCAUUCGCGCAUUAAAGAACAUCAGUACUAUCUCCAAUCGUGUCGUAAUCUUGCUGGGAUCGGUCGAUAUUUAUAACGGUGCCACUUGCGACGAGAUGAUAAACGAUAUGACCGAGCUCUUACAAGUUCUCCAGUCCAGAUUUCAUCUCUCCAAUUCGGCUAUUACUAUUUGCACUAUUCCGCCUUUGGCUAACAUCGCCAUCCAUGCCUAUAAGACCAAAAGUCUAGCGUUGUUUUGCUUCAAUAACUGGAUUAGAUCUUUGGUUGACGACAUAUCCAAAAGGGAUUCGUCUUCGAGAGGAUAUCGUAUACUAGAUUUGUUCGAAAAUUUUAGCAACGGAAUGUACACUACGGAAUUUGACUGGUUUCAAACUCAAGCACGUAGAGUGUCGGGCACCAAACAUUCCUAUGUCCUGUGGAACAAUAAAGGGCGGAAGCUAGCUAUGAACCUCAUCUGCGAAGAAAAGUAUACGGAACAGUCCAGAAGUCCUAACUUAUCGCUGACGCUAUAAGCUAACAAGGAUCUUCUGUAAUAUGCACGGUAGAUUACAAGGAAGAGAAGGGUAGAUAUACACAGGAAGAGAAAGGGAAUGGUAUACCACGGAGGGCCUUAUUCGUCCAAGUGGCGAAGAACGCUGUAUUGAGGAUGCUCCGAGGUGUACUGCUCUGUUUCCUCCUACGGAAGUAUAUAACAUGAUAACGAAUUCAUUCUCGUAUUAAUAUAUUCUCCUGAGUUCCUUUCGUUCGUGUAUAUUGUCUGUAUAAUUUAAAAAAAUUCAUCUUCGCGUAUUGAGGCAUUAGAAUUUCAUUCGUUCGUGUUUCAAGAAUAUAAACGUAUGUAAUAGGGGAGAAAGAGACGGGUCUAGAUUACAUGUAAAAUCAGGUUUAUAAUCUUCAGUUUAUAUAGGAAGACUACACGUACACACAUCUAAAUAACCUUCGGUCGCGACCGCGAUGUUUACGAACGACAACUACAACCGCACGUUUGACAUCUUCGAGAAAGAUUAAGGGAUAUUUCAACGCUCGUGCUCUUAACUAUAAUAUCAGAAAAGUGUAGUACAUUUUUACAAUCAAUAUUGCGGGUGAUUUAAAAAUGGCACUUGUGCUUUAUCUGAAAGUAUGAAUUCUUCCCAAUAGCAGGAACACACGAGUGAACCUUAAUCGCUAUCGUUGCUGCGCGUGUGCGUUUACGAUUAAUUUCUUUGUGAAGUAAAUCUUACCAAAUUCAUGUACGUGAACGCGAUUCAUUACACAUUUGUGAUAUUAAUUUUCGAAGGUUCAUGAUUUAAGGUUCAUGAUUAAGUAACAUUCAAUUAAUACUUCAGGAAGUAAUUUGCAGUUUUUCAAAUACUUAAUUUUUCAGAGGUGAUAUAAAAUUAUCAAUUUUGACAAAUUAAUAAUUAUAUUUCAUGAAAUGCGAGCAAAUGAAAUUUAAUGGUUGCAAUCGUGUAACAUAAAUUUUUGAGGAGAGAUGAGAUAAUGUUAAAAGUAAAUGUUUCAGCGAUAUACCACAUGCACAUAGAAUAUGUCAUGUGUAUAAGCGUACAUAAUAAUGUGUAAUUAUAACUUAUUUGAGUUAUUUAAUUACUACAUAGAUAUAUAAUAUUUAAAGCAAUUAAUUGUACAUAUACAAUUAAAUGAUUGAAUCGUUUAAUAACUAAAUUAAAUUAAACAAUUGUAUAAAUAAAUUUAGUUAUAAAAUAAUAGGUUUCAAUUGUGAAUAAUUGAACAGGCAAAUUUAUUGAUUUUUUUAAGUCAAUUCUUUGAUUAAGGCUUAAUAAGAAUAGCCUUCUGGUAUAAUUCAGGAAACGAAAUUUACACACACAAUUCAGUACUUGUAAUUCAGGUAAUAUUGCAUAGGAAAUACUACAUUUUCACAUCAAUCUUAAAUAAUUUUCGGGAGAAUUGCGAAUCGUUGAUCUUUGCGAUAGAAAAGCGUUUAUAUAGAAUUUUUUAAAAAUGUACAUGUAGUUUCAGUAUGAUUUGUAUACUUUAUUCUCAAUGCAGUUUGUGGAACGCAGACGAUGGUCCAUCCACAAUGAGAGAACUUAACUUCUGGGAAUUAAUCAAAAACAAGUUUUCUCAUUGAGUCAUUUGCAUUCUAAACUGCAUUGAGAGAAGAAGUAUUCGAACCGUGUUGAGACCAAAUACGCAAUAAGUUAAUUUGUAAUUGUAAUUGAAGUGAAAAACUUUGUCAUACAUAUAUACACACAAUAGAGAAAAUCGUAACUACAUUUUGUAAUUGACAUAAUAAAAAAAUCAAUAGAGAGGCAAAUAGGAAAUUGUAAAAAUUAUAUAUUUGG